GCUGCAAGUUGUGGUUUCGUGGUGAUUUGACACAUUUGCAAGAUGGCGUCUGGAUUUCAGUGAAAAAGACUGUGUGAGUGUUUUUGUGCGUUACUAUUUAAAAGUCUGAUGCUGCCGCGAUAGUGGACGGAAAACAUAUUUUGUGCACGGGUGCGAUCUUCCCUUUCGCGGUUGAACACUGUGGCGAUGGUGAGGCGGACGCUGCCUCAGGGUGGCUUUUUCCUCCGACACUUGUUGUGUGACUGACUGAAGCCCCCAGGACUCUCUCUGAGGCUCACAACCGAGAUCAAAAUAUAUUAAAAAAAAUAAAAAAUAAAAAAGUGUGACGACUAUUGUGAGUGAUCCUGAGCAUAGAGACUCAAAAAAAAUAUACAUAGCGACUUAUGAGUAUUAUGAUAAGAGAAAUACAAAUGUGAAUAUAUAGGUUGGACAACCACGCUGUCAAUGUGCAUUUACAAUUGUGCAGAUUUCUAAUGCAGGAACCUAUCUAAAAGACUCAAACUCAGUGUGACAAAAAAAAAGUUUAAAAAAAAACCAAGUCAAAUCAACAAAAACGGAAAAAUACCCACAAAUUUUACAACAAAAAAAAAGAUAUAAAAACAAAAAUUAGAAUAAGGAUAAAAAAAUAAUAAUGGUGAAAUGUGAAUACUAUUUAAAUAAAAUACUUUUGCGAAAAGACUAUAGAGAUACCGUAGUACCGAUAAAUGUUUUCUAGUGAUGAGGAUUAAAUAAUGAAUAUUUAGCCAAUAGAGAGAAUAUAUUGUGAAUUAAUCAACAUCUGAUGAGAAAAACAAUGCCUUUGUACUGAAAUAUGAGGAUAUUAACAAUUUUAAACAAUAAGGCCAAUACAUUUAUCUAAAAAAAAAUAACUAGUUGUGUAAGAAAUACAAAUAUUCAUUUAAAAAAAACUGAUUGAUGAAAAAGAACCUACAUAAUCGAAUAUAUUUAACUAUUGAUGAUUUAACAAGCAAAUGAAAAAGGGAAUUAUUAAAAAAAAAAAAGUGAAAUCUAGAUGUUAAUUAAAAAUAUCUUCUAAUACCAACUAAGCAACAAACUAAAAAAAAACCACACUGAUAAUAAACGUUCAAAAAUUGACAUAAGAGAUUAAAAAAAGUAAUUUAAUAACAUUUGUAAUACGUGUCAUUUAAAAAAAAAGAAAAAAACCUAAUAUAAAAAAAGCUAUAUCUGUAACAAAAAAAAACAUCAACCCAACUCACUGUUUUCAAUUUCUCCAACACUAGAAUUAAUUAAAGAAAAAAAAAAGAAACCUAUCUGUCGAGAUAUUAGCAAAUAACUAGACUAUAAAUAAAAAAAAAGUAUUUAAGUAUUACAUCAAACAGCAGGAUAAAAAAAAUAAACACACAGACACAAACACAAUUUGAAUAAAAAAAAAACAACUAUAAAUCUAAUAUUGUUGGUGAUAAUAUUUCUUAAGGAUAAACUAUUUGACAUAGAAUUAUUAUUAUUAUACCUACAUUGUGUGUUGGAGCAAUUGAGUCACAAUUAAAAAAAAACAAAUAAUAUUCCACAUCUUUCGCUAUUAUAAACAACAACAAAACUAAAACAAAACCUCUUUAAAACACAAAAAAUAAAUCUAGCUAACAAAAUCAGAUAAUCAGUGAACAAAAUAAAAUAAAUUAAAAAAGAAAAGACCUCGAAAACUCUAAACAAAUAAUAAAAAAAAAUCGCGUAUUUGAGGAGCUUCUUUUUUUUUUGAAAACGUCACCAUCGAAUGUCAACGUGAUCCGGGCAUGAUGGUUAAAUCAAAUAAAUCAGAUAAUAGUCGAUUGUAUGCUGUUGCAAAUCAACCAAUAUUCGAAACAAUGAAGACCAAAAGAGGAGAUUCAGUGGAGACAUUUAUCGUCUUUGGACGAGACGAAUCUGUGAUAUUGAACGUUAGUUUUAAUGUGUCAGCGGCGGACAUGAUGACAAAAAGGGGACCAGAUCCGUCCUUAGAGGGCUUUGCGGCGAAACAUCACCAAUUUACAAUAAUAGUAAUCGAUGACGGUUCUUCCAUUGAUUUCAUCCGCGAUAAUGUGACUGGGAGCAUUUUGCGAAUCCACCGUGGGUUAGGCGAUGACCGUUUGGCUGACAAAUCAGUCGAGUGUACAAAUGUGUCUAUUGGACGACCAAGGAAUGUGCAUGCGCUUUCGAUAUCUGUGGUUACUUCAUCUUUAUAUGACUAUUUAGAUAGUAUUGGUGUGAUGUGUCAAUAUAUAUCAUAUAUACGUGGUUAUACAUUAGUACGUGAAAUAUCUAGAUUUAAUCGCCAUAUUGAUAUCAAUACCUUCCACCGAUGUGGCGAAUGUGUGUGUGCGUGCAGCAAAAAUGUUACCGUAUCAGAUAAUGGUGUUUUGGGUGAUAAUGCAAAUGGUGCUUCAAUAAAAACAAUUGACAUUCCAUACGGUGGUACCACCUAUGUUACAUUCGAUCAACUAUGCAAGUGGAUUGACCGAGAAAGGGGCCUCAAGGUGGUACCGCGCAUGAGACUCUGUGGCGGUGGUGAGGGCGCACUCACCAAUAGUGUUGCCACUGGAUGGGGCAGUCCACCGACUGCUGUUACAACGGCUCCACCAACAAGUGGUGCUGCACCACCUGUUACAGCACAAGCAGCACCGCAGCAGCACUCUGUCACCUGGAGUGCGGCCGGUGGUGGAUCACGUGAACAAAAACCUCCGGGUGGUCCGAAGAAUCAACUUGAGCAGCUCAAUACAAUGCGUGAGGCGCUCUUUGCUCAAGACGGCUGGGGGUGUCAGCAUGUUAAUCAAGAUACCCAGUGGGAUGUCCCGAAUUCCCCCGAACCCGGUGCUCCAAAGGCAGAAGCCGUUCCCCAGGCUAAUCCAACACCACCCGUGUGGAAGGCUUCUGUUAAUAAUGGCACAGAUCUCUGGGAGGCAAAUCUCCGUAAUGGUGGCCAACCACCACCACAACCUGUUGCCAAAACCCCCUGGGGACAUACACCAAGUAGCAAUCUUGGUGGAACAUGGGGAGAAGAUGACGAUGCAGCUGAAGGUGGAAAUGUUUGGACUGGUGCACCAGCAGCUGCUGCUGCAGCUCCACAGUGGGGUGGUGCUGCGGGAGGAGCUUCAGCACCCGGUGGUGCAAUGUGGCCCCAAGCUGCAGCUGGAUGUGUACCGAAGAAGGAGGGUGAAUGGAGUGGUGGUGCAGCUGGGAAUGCCUGGCAGGAUCCACGUGAAAUGCGUGGUGCCCCAUUGUCAAUGGAUCCGCGUGAAAUGCGCGCACCAAGCACUGAUCCACGUGAUAUGCGUAUGGUGGAUCCACGUGAGCAAAUUCGUGACAUGCGUGGUGAUCCACGUGGUAUUUCGGGGCGUCUCAAUGGUGCCUCCGAAAUGUGGGGGCAACAUCAUGCACUAGCAGCUGCUGCCCAUGCUGCUGCAGCUGCUGCACAUGGUCAAAUGCCGCUCAAUAAGAUUGUCUCACAGCAGGGUCAGGGAGGACAAUGGGUCGGUGGUUCGGGUACACAGGCCCCACCGAAAGAGAUGACACCAUCUAUUGCAAAGCCAAGUGGCUGGGAGGAGCCGUCUCCACCAUCGCAGCGUCGUGCUGUGGGUAAUUUUGAUGAUGGAACAUCCCUCUGGGGUCAGCAGGGUGGUUCACGCGUGCCAGGUGUGUCACAUUGGAAAGAAAACCCAGAAAUGGGACGCGGUGGGAUGAUGCGUCCAACGGGUGGUGCUCAAGUUCCCAUGGGGCAGCGCAUGGGUAAGGAAGGAAUGUGGCGCAAUGGAGCCUGGGAGGAAGGUGGCGCUAGUGCCGGUGGUGGAUCGUGGGAAGAGAAGAGCGCCGCAGCACCAGCUGGUGGGGCAUGGGGUGGUGGUGAAGCAUGGCAAAAGGGAAAGCCAAAUAUGUGGCAAGAGGGUGGUGAUAUGGAAUGGUCCGGGGCGAAGGCAGCUGGACCCAAAAUGUCUGCAGCUCAGGCUGACAUUGUGCGCAAUAGUAAGCAAUUGAGGAUUCUCCAUGAGAUGGGUUUCAAGAAGGAAGAUGCCGAAGUUGCUCUCAGGAUGACAAAUAUGAAUGUAGAUGAGGCUUUGGAAGUUCUCAAUCAGCAACGUGGUGCUGUGGAGAAUUGGAGACGCCACGAAGAGCACGGUUCAUUUGAUCCCUCCUUCCCGGGACGCUUCCCCGGCAAUCAGGCGGCAAUGCAAUUCCCGCCAACAUCUGGUUCCAUUAUGAGUAAUAUGGCAUCAGGUGCCAUACCGGCCAUGCAGCCACUACAGAUGCAAAAGUACCUUCAGGGUGGGCAUGGUGCCCAACCACCACCAGGGAAUGGUGCAAACUUCCCGCAGACACAGCCACCGCCGCCCAGUUCGGGGCAACCCUCCGCUCAGCAGCUCCGCAUGCUCGUCCAGCAGAUCCAGAUGGCCGUCCAUGGGGGUUAUCUCAAUCAUCAGAUUCUCAAUCAACCACUCGCACCACAGACGCUUCUGCUGCUCAAUCAGCUGCUCAACAAUAUCAAGCAACUCCAACUGACCCAAUCAAACAUGUCACGCGGUGGUAUCAAUGGUCUUCAGCACAGUGUAACAGUGACAAAGUUAAAGCAGCAAAUCUCAAAUCUGCAAAACCAAAUCUCAGCCCAGCAGGCAAUUUAUGUUAAGCAGCAACAAUCCUCGCAUUCAGGAGACUUUGUGUUGCGUCCACAGCAUGAUCCUAUUGCAUCGCUUCAAGGAAAUUUCUCAGAGAUUGCUCUCAAUAAGCAGGAGCAGCCACCCUAUCAAGGUUCCUCAACGCAACAGAGUAGACUCAAUCAGUGGAAGUUGGGUGCACUGGAGAAAGAUGGCGAAACCACCGACUUUUCACGUGCCCCAGGUACAACGUCAAAGCCAACGCUCUCAACUACCAGUUCCGCAAUUGGAAGCUUAGGUCUUCAGGGUGAUGCAACUUGGUCAACUGGACGUAGUGUAACAGAUGGAUGGCCAGAUACAGGUGUCAUUGAGUCUGAUGCAUCGAAGGAUUGGCCAACAGGACAGACAUCACCCUCAGCUGCCUUUACGGAUUUGGUACCGGAAUUUGAACCCGGAAAGCCAUGGAAGGGAUCUCAGAUGAAGACAAUCGAAGAAGAUCCCAGCAUUACACCGGGAAGCGUGGCCAGAUCACCAUUGUCAAUCAGCGCAAAGGAAAGUGAUCUCUUCACAGGAAGUAGCAAAACCUCACCCACUGAUAUGCAACCCAUUAGCCUCUCUUCCUCCACAUGGAGCUUCAAUCCAUCUGCAUCGCAGCAGAAUUUCACCUCAACGGCAAAAGGUGGGGCCAAGAACAACACAUGGAGCGAACCAAUGCCACAACCAUCGCAGACCACAUCCGAAUUGUGGGGUGUUCCCGUGUCAAAGGCAUCCCGGGGUCCCCCACCGGGUCUUGGGGCAAAUAAGAAUGGUACAGGAAGUACCUCCAAUGGCUGGGUACCAAGCAGUAUCUCACGUGGUAUUGGGCAGCAGGGAUGGCCCAACAAUUGGGGACCCUCAACAUGGCUCUUGCUCAAGAAUCUCACUCCACAGAUUGAUGGAUCUACUUUGAGGACACUUUGCAUGCAGCACGGGCCACUGCAGAACUUCCACAUGUACUUGAAUCAUAGCAUUGCCCUCUGCAAGUAUUCAAGCCGCGAAGAGGCACACAAGGCACAAAUGGCACUCAAUAAUUGCGUCCUCGGCAAUACAACCAUCUGCGCUGAGUCCCCAAGUGAUAGUGAGGUGCAAAAUAUCCUUCAGCACCUCGCUGUCCCUGCAGCUGCUACUGCCCAAACCCCAACAACCCCAGUCAGUACUGGUGCCACAUGGAGACCAACCAAUCAACCACCUGUCUCAAGGAAUUCAGCCCCAAACGAUACAUGGAACAUAAGCUCCUGGACACAGGGUAGCGGUGGCAGUAACUUGUGGACCCCACUUGAGAGUGGCACCGAACGUGGAACACCCUCCAAUUUAAAUUCCUUCCUACCGGAAAAUCUGCUUGGGAGUGAAUUGAACUAAAGUGAAGAAGAUUGAUGGAUAGGAGUAAGAAAAAUAUUUUCUUAACUAGAAUUAUCACACACACACACAUACACACACCCUGUGAGCUUUCCACUGUGAUUCCGUGUCCCCAAUCUGCUGACGCACAAUAAAUGCUGGCUUAUCAGGGCGCGUGGAAAGCGACAAAUAAUAUUUUAUAGGAUACAAGUUUAUCAAAAAAAAAUUUGAGGAAUAUUAAAUGUGUAGGAAUCAUUUUUUUUUAGUAAUCUUAACUAAUAAUUAUAUAAAAUAUAAAUAUUAUAUAUUUUUAUUGCUCGUAAUAUUAAUGAAGAAAAUGAUUAAUAAGAAAUUAUUAUAGUAAAAAAAAAGUGACAUGAAGGGCUUCUAGGUGUGCCUCAAUGACGCCAAAAAGAAAACGUGGUGACCUUUUUUUUAUUUAUUCAAAUUGGGUGCUUGUCAAUCAUCAGUUUUGUAUAUUUUUUAAUGGGUUUUGUGUGUAAUUGUGAAGGUGAUUCAACUAUUUGCGUGCCAUUUGGCAGGAUUGCGCUCCAUGUCCCUUAUCUGUGGAAGGAGAAGUUUUUUUUUAUCUGUUCCCAAAAAACAAUUACAGAGAGAUUAAUAUUCCAUACAAUAUUCUUAUUUUAUUGUAUUGAUUAUAAAAAUAAAAUGACAAAUACACCAAAGACGCCAAAUUUUGCCUUGUCCAAGAAAAAUCCCGCGUCCAAUGAAAAAAAAAUAAAUAAAAUAAACCAAAAGUGACUUGAUAGAGAAAAUAAAUCAAACUAGAAUGUCUCAAUUUAGUUUCUUUUUAAUGGUAAGAGCAGCCACCCUCCGAAAAUACUCCACAAUUGAUGCUAGAAAGAUGAAAAGAAACUUUUUGAUUCGCGCGCUUUUUUCAGCGGGUUGAUGGCGCUGUGGUCGCAUAGAGGGACGCGUGCAAAAUGGCGGUUCCAAAAUGAAAGAGGCCCAAUUUUUGUUAAAUCACAAAUUGCCUCUAUAUUUGAACAAAGACUAUCUUUUUUUUUAUUAACAAUUUAUGUUCCAUGACUUGAUUUGCAGAGUCUCACGUUGUGUAGGUAUGUUGUAAAAAAAAGCUUCUAGUACAUCAUCAAACAGAGGGCAUGAUUUUGUGCGCACGAAAGAUCCACCAUUGUGUGCCAAAUGCACGCAUAAACCUGAGGCUAGUUUUUAUUUUUUCAUCAUAAAAAAACCCAUUUUAAAUGAAACAAAAAAAACUGAUGGUUGGAAUUUUUUAAAUAAAAAAAAACUAAUAAUAAACGAAUAAAAACAUUGAGGUCUCCAACCCUUGUGUGGCACAGGAUCUGAUAUAAGUGAAAACAACAAAAAUAUAUCUUUGCAAUUAAAACAUAUUAAAUGAGCAAAUGAAAAUGAGAUAUAUACAUUACCUAUUAAUGAAAAUUCACCCAACUCCUCAGUUAAAGAAAAAUAUCUCCAAAAAAAUGUGAGAGAAAAAGAAGAAGAUAGUCCGUAGUCGAUGCUAGUUUAGGUGAAUGAUUAGAACACUCUAGAGUUUAAAUGUUUAGAUGGGAAUAAAAUCUAAAUGAAAAAAAAAUGGAUGUUUUAUGUGUGCCGUGGCACGGGCCAAGGUUAAUCUUAACUAGAUGUAAAUAAUGUUUUACUAGAAUUUUAUUGGAUAUUUUUUAGAAUAAUAUUAAAACAAAAGAUGAAAGAAGAGAAGGGAGAGAGAGAGAGAGAAAGGGGAGGAAAUGUGAAAUAAAGUAUUAAUUAAAUAAACAAUAUAUUUGAUGAAAAUGAAACAAUGAUUAAAAUGAAAAAUUAGAUUAUUAAUUAUAUACAUUUUAAGAGCAAGAUACACACACACACACACACUUAACAUAGAUUUAAUGAUGAUGCAAAAAAGAGAUAAACAGUGUAUAGAUUUAAUUAAAAAAAAAGAGGGUAAAAAAUAUGAGAGUUGACAGUGAAGAGAGAGAGAGAGAAAAAAAGCAGAAAGGUGAAGAAAAAACCAAUUAAAAAAAAUAAAUAAAUCAUAAAUGGAAAAUGGCGUGUGGAAAGUCAAGAUGACAACAAUCAUUGGCCUUAAUGUGAUAACUGUGUGGUUGAAAACCAACUCCCCAAAGCCUUUUAUUUGUGUCUCUUAUUUAUAGAUGAUGAAUUCGAUGAUGGAACAAUGAAGAUACUAAUUAAGAUUGGAAAAAAACAUACCAAGUAAUUUAUAGUAAAAAAAAAAAGAUUUUAAGAAAAUGAUUUGAAUAAAAAAAAUCUCUAUGAAUUAUCACACAAAGUAAUACACAUUUAGAGAAUAUUUAGUAGAUUUAAAACAACAACAAAAAUGUGAGAAGAAAAACAUGAUAAAAUACUGAAGAUUGAUAAAAAAAAACAAAUCACACUUUUAGAUUUAUAUUUAAUGAGAAAAAAAAGUAAAAUGUGAGCCAGAGUGAACAGGAGAAAAGAGAGAUGCAUUCAUUUGACACUGAAAGACAUUUCGCCAUUUUUCUUUUCUUGAACAUUCUUUUUCGUAGCAUUUCCUCGUACGUACUAAAGCUCCAAAGAUUCUGUUCUAGAUAAAAGAUUAAAGAAAAAAAUCAAUGAGAUCGAAGAAUUGUGUUGAUGUAAUGAAAAGGAGGGAAUUCUUGUCUUCUUUUGCUUUAUCUUUUGCAUAAUGAGCUGAAGAAGGUCUUUUACUAAUCGAAAUGUCAAUGAAAAUUUAAAAGAAUAAGAAGAAGACAAGACUGUCACAGUUUUAUCGUUUUUUUUAAAUUGUUUAAUUUUCUACAUUUAAAUGCAAACAAAUCACAUUGAAAAUCAUUUCAAAAGAAAAUCUUCCAAAAAUGCUGCAAAUAAAUAUAAAACUUUUCUUUGUGCCUUACAAAAUGAUGUGUGCCAAUCUAAUUUAUAUGUAAUAAGAAAAAAAUCUUCCUUAAAAAACCGAAAUUUCUAAGUUUUAUUCUCUUAAAACUCGCGUGAUGCAUUCAUCUGUAACUACAGUCUUAGCAAAUAAAAAGAAAAUGUAGGUUUCGUAGUUUGUCUCAAGAGGGCUUAAUUUCUUCUAUACUUACCAACCAGAACUGUGGUCUACCUGCAAAAAAAAAUAAUAAUAAUAAAAAAGAGAAAAAAAUGCUUAAAACGAAUUUUCAAUCCAUUAAAAACAUUCCUGAAUGAAUACUCACAGUGCAAAGUUUAAUUUUCUUUACACUAAUAUUUAAUUUUUCAUUUUUUUAAAAAAUAAUUUUUCAUUUAUUUAAAAAAAAUCCUCUGGUUAAAGGCUUUUUUCUUCAAUUUUAUUGGAAUUUAUAUUAUCCAAUUUUUAGCUAUUUAAGAAUCACCAAAAUCCCAUUU